UCUUUUCUUUUUUGUUCCCCAAACAAACACAGCUUACUCACCUCGCUUCUUUUCUCAUCUCAAACUACAAUACAAUCUGCCCAGUCUUCACUAUCACCGUUGUAAAUUGGAAUUUAGGGAUAUUUACAGAUGUACCCUUCAAGAGGGAACCAUAGUUAUGGUCAACAACAGCAACAACAGCAGCAACAGCAGCCAUACUCUGCCCAAUCUGCUUAUGCUCAAAAUCUGGGGCCUGAUGGUGGGGACUCUCAGAUGUCCAUGUCUUCACGUCGCGCAGCCAUUUUAGCUGCUCAACCAUCUGCUGGAAAUCAUUAUGGUGGUCAAUAUUCUUCUGUGUAUGGGUCAAUGGGACUUAGCAGUUCUCUACAGGCUUCUGGUGCUGGUUCAAAAGGAUCUGGAUCAUCUGCCUUAGAAGCUCGAAGCGGAUAUGGUUCAGCUAUGCAAGAGUCACGAAAAUAUGCUUCUGGGGAUUACUCUGUGGUUAGUCAAAAGUAUGGUCAAAAGGGGGAGCUUUCUGAUUUUCCGCCAGGGGAUAGACGCCAAUAUGUUGAACGUGCUGAUGUUAACAUUGUUCGAGAUUCACUUAACGAGCCUGCAACUCGGUUUGCUGAUUCGAUUGGUUAUGGACAUCAUCAUCAUCAGGCUGACAUGUAUGAUCGAUUGGAUUCUGCAUCAGCACUUCGGAAAGAAUUGUUACAGGCCCAGGCACUCCAACCUGCUUCUAUUGAAGGGAGUUCUAGACAAUCUGAUUAUCUAGCAGCUCGGAUGGCUACUGUUCGUCAUGCGGGUCAAGAACUUUUACCUUACAGUGGGAGACUCGAUACGGAUCCAAAUACUCUUUCAAUGAUAAGUGGUCUAUCACAUCGUGCACAACAUGCUCCGUCAAUACUAGGGGCGGCCCCAAGGAUAGAAAUGGAUGAUCUUGUGUAUACUCAUACUUCUGCAAAUCCUGGUUAUGGAGUUAGCCUGCCACCAGGUAGGGAUUACGGUUCAGGAAAGGGUCUUCGUAGUACGCCAAUCGAGCCCGAUUAUCUUUCACGUUCUGCUUAUGCAAGGCUUGAUGAUCGUAAAGAACGAGAUGAAGAACGUGAAAGAGAUCGGCGUAGAGAUAGAGAGAAAGAACGGGAACGGGAACGGGAGCGUGAAAGGGAACGCGAACGGGAAAGAGAACGUAAGAGGGAACGUGAACGUGAAAGAGAACGUGAACGGGAAAGAGAUAAGGAGAGCAAACGUGUUAGUGAAACAAGGCGUGAACGCACCCCUCCAAGAAUAUCUAGGGACCGAGGUGGCUCAUCAUCAACAAAGCCUGACAAAUCAUUGAGACGGGAAUCACCACAUGUCGAAGCUUCACAUAGGCGUCGUUCACCCGAAAAACGAAGAGAUUAUGUCUGCAAGGUUUAUUCUUCCAGCCUAGUAGAUGCAGAGAGGGACUAUUUGUCUAUUGAUAAGCGGUAUCCUAGGCUAUUUACUUCACCAGAAUGUUCCAAGGUGAUUGUUAAUUGGUCAAGGGACAACCUUAAAAUAUCGUUGAAUGUUCCUGUGAGUUUUGAGCAUGAUUUCGUUCAAGAUGAUACUGAAACGCAGCAUAACGAGGCAUCCAUUGCAACUAAGAUGGAUGUUCCUUCAAAAUCAGAACAUGGAAGUAUUCGGUGGAAUGCAAAGUUGGUAUUAAUGAGUGGCCUUAGCCGAAAUGCUCUAGAGGAGCUAUCAUCUGAUAGAGAUUAUGAUGACCGGAUUCCCCACUUUUGCAAUAUGCUAAGGUUUGCUUGUCUUAAAAAUGGGAAUUCUUUAAUUCCCAUUGGAGGAUUGUGGGAACCUUCGGAUGGCAAUGAUCCUUCAGUAGACAAGUCAUCUCUGGUUCAGACAGCUAUUAGGCAUGCUAAAGAUAUCACAGGACUUGAUUUGAAGAAUUGCAAACAUUGGAAUCCUUUUCUAGAGAUUCACUAUGACCGAGUGGGGAAAGACGGACUUUUUAGCCAUAAAGAGGUCACGAUACUCUAUAUUCCCGAGCUAUCAGAUUGUUUACCUUCAGUAGAUGAAUGGAGGGAUCAGUGGCUUGCUCACAAGAAAGUUGUUGCUGAGCGAGAGUGUCUGCGUGCUCUUAAAAAAGAGAAAUCUCAAGACAAGAAGGAAGAAUUGAAAGAUAAGGAAUCCGUGAAAACAAAAGUUGUGAAGAAGGAUGUGAAACCAGUUAAAAAGAAAGUGUCUGCACCCUCGGCAUCAAAAGUCAAUGAAAAUUCAAAAGCGAAAGUGAAGGAUUCCGGAAAAGAGGUAGGUGAAAGCAAUGCAGAAAUAGAGAAGAAAGAUGAAAGCAAUAAUUCUGGGAAAAAGGAUCAGGUAGAAGUUGCUGCUGUUCAAAAGACUGGUAGUGGAAAAAAGAAGAUUAUAAGAAAAGUAGUGAAAAAGAAGGUUGUCGUAGGGAAAGAUAAACCUGAAAAGGCAGCCGAACAAAGUGAUGCAUUAGAUUCUAAGGUGGUUGUUGACACAAGUAUAGCGGAAAAUGCAUCUAAACAAACUGAUGCAUUAGAUUCUAAUAUGGUGGUAGAGACCACUGGUAAUACUUCUACCAACACAGAGGCAGCUGGUCAAAAAGAAGAGUCAACUGGUGAUCCUCCUUCCAAUGCUAAGACUUCUACAAAAAAGAAAGUUUUUAUUAGAAAGGUUCCUGUCAAGAAAGUUGUAAAGAAAGAAGAGGAAGGGACACAAUCUGAGGUGACACCUGCUAAAGAGCCAGAGACUUCUGAAAAUAAACCAAAGAAUGCAGAUACUGGUAGUGCUGGUAAAAAGACAACCGUUAAGAAAAAAAUAAUUAAAAGGGUUAUGAAGAGAAAGGUUGUAACUAAGAAUGCCAACAAUAAGGAUAAAGUAACAGACGAUGCAGCAGUGACUAUCGGGGAGCAAAGUGUAGUCUCUGGCAACCAGGAACCUGAAGUCAAAUUAGAAGUCAACGAACCAGCCUCAAAGUCAGAGGCUCCAAGUGUGAUGGUCACUGAGCAGAGCAAGGAUGGGGGUAUUUUAGAUGAAGUUGAAAAUAAAGGUGAAACCAAUAGUAAAAAGGAAGAUACUAAAAGUAAAGUGGAUGGUGGUUCUUCGUCUAAAACAAAGACCAAUAAUGGAAAUAAUGAAAAAUUAAAAGAUGGUGAGAAAUCGUUAGAAGGGAAAAUGAAAAAGGAAAAGAUUGUUAAAGAUGAACCCAAGGGUAAGGAGGUCAAAGAUAAGAAGAAGGAUGGGGAGAUUCCUCGGCAUCCUGGAUUGAUUAUCCAAACAAAAGAGAACAACGAUUCUAAAUUGCGCUCAUUGUCACUUUCACUGGAUUCCCUCUUGGGUUAUGAUGAUAAUGAUAUUGAAGAAUCAACAUUUGAGUUAUCAUUGUUUGCUGAAACAUUUUAUGAAAUGCUUCAAUAUCAAAUGGGUUCUCGGAUCUUAGCAUUUCUCCAGAAAUUGCGACUUAAGUUUGUGGCUAAAAGAAAUCAAAAGAAGAGACAGUUGGAAGAGAGCGCUGAUAAGGAAAAAAAGAAAACACCUGCUAAGCGUUCGAAGACUGACGAUUCCAAAGUGGAAAACAAAUCAGUUAAAACUGAAUCAGUUGAAGAAACAAAGCCCGAGGAUGAUAAAACUAUUGCCAAGGUGGAAAGCAUGAUUAUUGAGAAUGUAGAAAACACGAAGGAAGAAGAUGACGAAGAUCCAGAGGAAGAUCCUGAAGAAGAUCCUGAGGAAGAUCCAGCAGAAGAUGCAGAAAUGACUGAUGCAAACCCUAAAGACACAGGGAAUGAGGAGCAGGUUAAGGUUGAGAAAAUGGACAUAGAUAACAAGUCAAAAAGUGUGAAAGAAGAGGUGAAAGUUGAGGAGGCGAAUGCUAAAGAAACUGUGAAUUCUACUCUCAAGUCUGAAGAUGCAGAUAAAAAAGAAAAGAGGAAGGAAAAGACAAAUAAAGUGGAGAUAAAAAAGAAAGAGAACAUUGACAAGGAGCUUUUGCAGGCUUUUAGGUUUUUUGACCGGAAUCGUGUUGGUCACGUGAGGGUUGAAGAUAUGCGGCUGAUCAUCCAUAAUUUGGGGAAAUUCUUGUCCCACAGGGAUGCCAAGGAUCUGGUUCAAAGUGCAUUGCUAGAAAGCAACACUGGGAGGGAUGACCGCAUUUUGUAUAAUAAGCUCGUGAAAAUGGAAAUCUGAAGUGAGAUAGAUUGUAGUUCAAAGCUUGUUAGUUUUGCAGCGACGCUUCGUUGAUGGAAUUUACAUCAGCUUCUGGGCGUGUGUACCUUUUUAAGUUAUUCAUAUGUGGGGCCCACGACAAUUGUUAAGCAAUUCUAAGAGCUUUACUUUUAGGUACUUUUUAGCUAUUUGAAAGACGAUUAUCAAGUUGGAACUUUAUAUUGAUUGUUUAGGUUGAUGAAUAACCGUGUUUCAGCAAUUUCUAGAUCUUUUUUAGGUAUCUGAAAUAGGAUUAAGAAGUUGAGUA